CGCUCUUCCGGCAUCCGGCCCACGUGACCCAAACAGCGGCCUCGCGCUUCCGGUUUUGCCCGCCUGCCUUUCCUCCCUCUUUUCCUCGCCCGCCGCUUCCCGCUUCUUCGCCGGAGCCGCCGAAUUUGCUGGCCGCGACGGUGCGAAAAAGGCAGCAUGAUGGAAAACACGGCCCUGGAAAGUUUGAUCGAGAUGGGCUUCCCGCAGAACCGAGCAGAGAAGGCGCUCGCUCUGACCGGCAAUCAGGGUAUCGAACAAGCCAUGGAUUGGUUGGUGGAACAUGAGAACGAUCCCAAUCUGAAUGAACCCUUCGCCGCCCCUCAAGGCCCCGUUCCGGAUGCCGAGGAAUCCCCCAAAGGACCGACGCCGGAUUCGGAGCAAGGGGGAUCAGGAGAGGUGGCUGAAGGAGAGACACAGCGUCCCCUGACGGAAGAGGAAAAGCAGGAACAGACGAAAAGGAUGAUGGAGCUGAUCUACCAGAAGCAGAAGGAGCGCGAAGAGCGGGAGAAGCGGGAGACGAUCGAGCGGGAGAAGCAGCGCCGGAAACAAGGGCAGGAGCUGCUGCUCAUCCGCCAGAAGCUGCAGGAGGACGAGAUGAAGAAGCUGGCCGAGGAGAGGCGGAGGGAGAAGCUGGAGGAGAAGCUGGCCAAGCAGCGAGUGCGGGAGAAGAUUGAACGCGACAAGGCCGAGCGAGCCAAGAAGUUCGGCUGCAGUAGCGCCACCCAGGCCUCCCCCCUGCCCGACCAGAUGGAGCCCGUGCUAAUCUCCUCCCCCAGCCAGGAGUUCCCCGUCAAGCGAGAAUACGACCAGUGCAAGAUUCAGGUGAGACUCCUGGAUGGCACCUCUCUGACUCACACCUUCAAAGCCAAGGAACAACUGGCAGCCGUGCGGCUGUACGUGGAGCUGAACCGCAAAGAUGGCGGCGAAGAUCCUUUUCACCUCCUGACGAGUUUCCCCCGGCGGGUUUUCACUGAGGAAGACAUGGAAAAGCCCCUGCAGGAGUUGGGCUUGGUGCCUUCCGCUGUGUUGAUAGUGGCCAAGAAGGGGAACAGCUGAGUGGCGCUCUCUUCGCUUGUGGACGGUCGGUUGUGGCUUUCCCUCCUUCGCGCCGGUUGUUGGAGGCUGACCUAGCCCUGUAGUUACUGGGUGCCACCCUAGCGCACCAGCUCCCCCCUCCUUCCCUCCCCCCAGAGACUCUGAAACAGCAGCCCUUUAACCCAGGGGUACCAAAACAAGACAUUAUGUGGGUAGAAGAAUUGGAGAGGAGCCAGCGUUUGCAACUGGAUACCCCCCCAAGGCCAGCCCCGAAUAAAACCUCUUCACCCUGGUG